AUGGAGGUAGCUACGUUGCAAUGCCGGCCAACCCCACUCCAAUUUUCCCCGGAGAACCUUUUUCUCCGACGAAGAACCAACCGCCAUUGCUUAUCGUAUCUCAGUUAUAGGCCUGCGCUUUCCCGCCGAAAGAGGUCCAUAAUUUCGGCCUCGUCGUCUUCUUCAAGUGGCCCUCAGGGGUUUUCCUGGCCGCAUCUUUUGCAGUCCAUUCGACGCGGUUCUCAGCGAUUUUUGGAGAAUUUGGGCAAGUCCGCAGAGAGAGUAACCGGGAUUAAUUUGGAAGAUAUUAAGGCUAGAGUCGAUGAUAUCUCGAGCAAUGCCCGGGAAUCGGCCCGCCAGGCCAAGGAUGAGCUCGAACAAGUGAACUUGGAGAUGAUGCCUCAAUUUGUCAGUUGGAAUAAAUGGGAAAGAUGGAAGGAUAUAGCGAAUUGGGAACCCAAAAGAUUGGGUGUUCUGGUCCUAUAUGUUUUUGUCAUCUUUUUUUCGUGUCGAAGUGCAUAUAAGGCCAUCCGAGCUCCAGUUAUUGAGCGUGAAAGAAGAGAAUUGACCGAUGCAUAUAUGGAAGCAUUAAUUCCUGAGCCUACACCCACUAAUGUGAGGAGAUUCAAACAAGGUAUGUGGAGAAAGGCUACUCCCAAAGGCCUGAAACUCAAAAAACUUGUUGAAGGACCUGAUGGCACACUUCUUCAUGAUAGUUCUUUUGUUGGAGAAAAUGCAUGGGAAGAUGAUGCUGAAAAGGCCCAAAAAGGCAUAAAAGAACUGGUAGAACAGGAGAUUGAUUUGAACAAAGAGGAUAAAAAUGUUCCUGGUGAUUUGGGUUUGUCAGUUGAAAAUCAGGUUCCUGGAGGAGCAUGGCGUGAUAGACUUGCAGCAUGGAAAGAAAUUAUUCAGAAGGAGAAGAUAACCGCACAACUCGACUCAUUAAAUGCCAAGUAUGUGGUGGAAUUUGACAUGAAGGAGGUUGAGAAUAGUCUUCGCAAGGAUGUCGUCGAGGAGGCCAAAAAUGCACAUGGAACAAGGGCGCUGUGGAUCUCCAAAAGAUGGUGGCGCUACCGUCCGAAACUUCCAUAUACUUAUUUCCUUCAAAAACUUGAUUCCUCUGAGGUUGAUGCAGUUGUGUUUACAGAAGAUCUAAAGAGAUUAUAUGUGACUAUGAAAGAAGGGUUCCCUUUAGAAUAUAUAGUUGAUAUCCCACUCGACCCCUUUCUGUUUGAGGCUAUAACGGGAUCUGGGGUCGAAGUAGAUCUUCUUCAGAAGCGGCAGAUCCAUUAUUUUCUGAAAGUUGUAUUGGCACUGUUGCCUGGAUUACUAAUUUUAUGCUUCAUCCAGGAAUCAGUAAUGCUUCUUCGCGUUACUACUAGCCGUCUUCUGUAUAAGAAACAUAAUCAGCUGUUAGAUAUGGUUCAUGCUGAAAACUUUAUUCUGCCAGCUAAUGAGAUUGGUGAUAUCAAAUCAUCAAUGUAUAAAGAUGUCGUAUUAGGAGGAGAUGUCUGGGAUCUUCUGGACGAAUUAAUGAUGUAUUUGGGAAAUCCCAUGCAGUACUAUGAAAAAGAUGUUAAGUUUGUGCGAGGCGUCCUUUUCGCUGGACCACCGGGAACAGGUAAAACCCUCUUUGCGAGGACGCUAGCAAACAAAAGUGGUUUGCCUUUUGUUUUUGCUUCUGGUGCAGAUUUUACGGAUACUGAGAAAAGUGGUGCUGCAAAAAUAAAUAAUUUAUUUGCGGUUGCAAGGAGAAAUGCUCCUGCUUUUGUAUUUAUUGAUGAGAUAGAUGCUAUUGCUGGAAGAUAUGCUAAGAAGGAUCAACAGAGAAGAGCAACAUUUGAAGCACUCAUUGAUCAGCUGGAUGGAGAGAGAGGAAAAAUUGGUGUUGACAGAUUCUCACUGGCGCAAGCUGUUAUUUUCUUAUGUGCUACUAAUAGACCAGAAGUGUUGCACCCAGAGUUUGUUCUACCUGGUCGUAUUGACCGCCGUGUGUAUAUUGGGCUACCUGAUGCCAAGCAACGAGUACAAAUCUUUGGUGUUCAUAGUGCUGGUAAGGAGCUUGCCGAGGAUGUUGACUUUGAAAAGGUUGUAUUCCGCACAGUUGGGUAUUCUGGAGCAGAUAUACGAAAUUUAAUCAAUGAAGCAGGAAUAAUGGCGGUCAGGAAAGGGCAUUCAAAGAUCCACCAGCAAGAUUUUGUUGGUGUCCUGGACAAGCAGCUGCUUGAAGGAAUGGGUGUGCUCCUCACUGAGGAAGAACAGCUGAAAUGCAUACAAAAAGUAUCUAUAGAAAAGAAAUGGCUUCUUGCGGUGCAUGAAGCUGGUCACAUAGUGUUGGCCCACUUGUUCCCUCGAUUUGAUUGGCAUGCAUUUUCUCAGCUGCUGCCGGGUGGAAAGGAAACUGCCAUGUCUGUUUUUUAUCCUCGAGAGGACAUGGUGAAUCGAGGCUACACAACCUUUGGUUACAUGCAAAUGCAAAUGGUGGUUGCUCAUGGAGGAAGGUGUGCUGAGCGCUUAGUAUUUGACGAUGACAUCACUGAUGGAGGUCUUGAUGAUCUCAAGAAAAUUACCAAGAUUGCCCGAGAGAUGGUAAUAAGUCCGAAUAAUCAUAGACUGGGGCUCGCUUUCCUGACUAAAAGACAUGGACUGAUGAAUCGAAAGGAGAAUUCAGGAACUGAAAUAAUGAGAUACAGGUGGGAUGAUCCUCGUGUUGUACCUGUCGACAUGAGCCUUGAACUUUCUGAGCUUUUCACAAGAGAGUUGACAAGGUACAUUGAUGAGACAGAGGCACUUGCUAUGAAAGGAUUGCGAGAAAACAAGCAUAUUCUGGAAGAGAUAGCUCGAAUACUGUUGGAGAAGUCGAGAAUAACUGGACAAGAAGUAGAUGAUAUAAUAAAAGGGUUAUCACCAAUUUUGUUUGAAGAUUUCCUGGAACCUUUCCGGUUUGGUGUCGAAGAGGGUGAACCAAUGCCGCACAAUGACCGACUUAAGUGGUCUACGCUCGACCUCUACCCAGCUCCAAUGCACAGAUGUUAG